AUGCGGACUCUCAUUUACCUUGUAAUAGCUCAGGCUGUUAACUGUGCUGUCUUUAGGCAGCAGCUCUUUCAAGAUCAAGCUUCCGAAGACGAUAAGUGGCUCGCUAAGCCAAAUGAGGAAAUAUCAGUGGAACAAUAUAUGAACUACGAAAGUAAAAAGGACACUUUUCUCGACAAUUAUUUUGGUGAAAGUUAUUUUGGGAACUAUCAAAAGGAAUUUACUGACUUAGUAGAAAAUAAUUCACAUAUUUGGUCAAAAAAUUUUAUAUUUCCUGACAAGGAUGAUAUCUCAGAUAUAAUUUCUGGUAACUCUGAUAGAUAUACAAGCAACCCAUUAAGUGGUUUCUUAACAUUCGCUCAUUCGGAAAUGAGAAACUGUUAUACUGGCACCGAAGGUUUUGACAUUGCGAUUGUUGGGGCUACUUUUGAUACUGGAGUCAGUUAUCGUCCUGGAGCUCGCUUUGGCCCCAUGGGUAUAAGGUCCGCUACAAAAAGAAUGUCAGCCAAAAGCUUAUCCCCUUUUCGAAAGAAAUUCAACCUCUUUAAGGAAUGUAAAGUAGUUGAUUGUGGAGACCCUCCUAUGACACCAAUUGACAACAGAGUUGCAAUAGAUCAGCUUUAUCGCGCACAAAGAUCCAUUUUAAAAAAGGAGUCUGUCCAUUCCAACCUCUCAAACACUCCUAGGAUCUUGACUCUUGGAGGGGACCAUACAAUUACUCUUAGCUGUCUAAAGGCUGUUUAUGAAAAGUGGGGUCAGGUGGCUGUUAUACACUUCGACAGUCAUUUGGACUCGGUUGAUCCAUAUUACAUGAAUCCUAAUGUAACAGAAUAUGCGGCUUUGAAUCACGGUACUUUUUUUCAUUGGGCUGCAAGAAGAGGCUUGAUUUCAUCAGAUAACAACAUUCAUGUAGGCCUUAGAGGUUAUUAUGAAAAUGUGAAUGAUACUCUGAGGGACACUGCAAUUGGUUUUCAAAGAAUAAUGUCUCGUGAUAUUGAUGAUAUUGGAGUUACAGGAAUUAUUAAGAAAAUCAAAGAAAGAGUGGGAAAUAAUAAGGUUUAUAUUACGGUUGAUGUUGAUUGCUUAGACCCCAGUGUAGCACCAGGAACAGGAACGGUUGAGCCCGGCGGAUUUACCACAAGAGAGCUUUUGACGAUACUUGGUGGUUUGGAGGGCCUUCAGAUUAUAGGUGCCGAUAUCGUUGAAGUUUCACCAAUCUAUGAUCAAGGUGAGAUCACAACUGCAGCUGCAAGCGAAAUAGGAAGGUCCCUCUUGGAGCUCAUGACUAUCACACCCAUUUCUUAA